CCUAUAAAACAUAGCGGUAAAACAUGGAAAUAAUUCCAAACAUUUUUCACGUUGGGAAUUUUACAAACACUUUAAAUUAAGUGUGUGUUUGGUGUAGGCUUUCCUUGCUGUGACGGUUUUGACAAACGUUUAAUUCUCUCUCAGACAAGACCUUUAUGGCAUUUUUAAAGGAUACGCAUAAGAUAAAUAAAAAGGGAGAAGACUACUAUACGCCUGGCCAUGUGGAGAAGUACAGCCAGAGUGACGGGCAAUUUACCAUGACGGAUAAAGUUUAUCCUGCGUCAAACAACUUUCCGGCAUCACGUUUUACCUCCCCUCUCAAGAUGACGACGACUCAGUAUGACCUGUCAAACACGCUCCCUCCCCACACACUGACCCAGCUGGCACGGGAGUGGCUGGCAGAGGACACACCAAACUUUGACCCUGCAGGGCUGUGUGUGGGGUCACAUGAGGUCGAGGCCAGGUUGUUGUGUAAAACGCCGUGCAGCAUGCUGGCAGGCAGGCCUUUCUUCACUGCUGUCUUCACUGAGCUCAGCUGCACUGUGGAAUGGGCACACAAAGAGGGAGCACAGCUCGGUCCAAAUGCGGUGACCCAGACUGCUGUGGUCAGAGGCCCAGCAAGGUGUAUCCUCCUCGGGGAGAGCCUGGCCCUCAACUGCCUGGCCCGGGCCUCGGGGAUAGCCACCCGCUGCUCCCAGCUACAGAGCAUCGCCAGGGAGGCAGGCUGGCAUGGCCAUGUGGCUGGCACGCGUAAAACCACCCCUGGGUUCCGGCUGGUGGAGAAGUAUGCCAUGCUGGUGGGCGGCGUGUCCAUACACAGACAGGACCUGAGUGGGAUGGUGAUGCUGAAAGACAAUCAUAUAUGGGCAUCAGGGAGUAUCACACAGGCGGUGAAGGACGCCCGCUCGGUGUGUGGCUUCAGCAGUAAGAUUGAGGUGGAGUGCGGCAGCCGGGAGGAGGGCAGUGAGGCAGCCACGGCAGGCGCCGACAUCGUCAUGUUGGACAACUUUAAGCCACAGGAACUCCAUGCGGCAGCCCAGCUUCUGAAGGAGGAGUUCCCUUCUGUGCUAAUCGAGGCCAGUGGAGGGGUGACCCCAGACUCCCUGCCCCAGUAUCUCUCCCCCCAUGUGGACAUCAUUUCUCUGGGCUGCAUCACCCAGGGCUGCCCAGUGGUAGACUUCUCCCUCAAGGUUCAAAAGCCUGUUCCCUUUCCAAUUAUUUUCCAAUCAAAGUAACUGUGGCAAAUCAGGAUUGUUGUUAAUAAAGUGAAAAUAAAAAG